CAUAAAGAAAACUGUCAUAAAUCUAACAUCCCAUCAUUCAAUGUUUCCCUCCACACACUCACUAUCUUCAAUUUACUACUCAUUUCAAUCAGAUCUGCCACGUUAACAUCCAAAACCGAAUCCUACAACAGUUCAAUAUCUGCAACCCAACAUUCAUGAAAUACCAGUUUUAUUGGGGGUUUUGCUUCUCUGUUUACCAUAAUCUAUAUUUGAAUUAAUGGAUAAUUAGAUAAAUUUCUGUAGGUAAUUUAGGCCAGGUACUUCUGAGCAACCAAAGUUCUGAAAUGUGGAAAAAAGGCAAGAAGAAGAAAGGAUCCAUUACAGAGCAUGAGGAUUAUGUAAAAGCGGCUGCUUGGGCAUGGUAUCUGCAUGGAGCAGGUGCACAAUCGAAGCACAAUGAAGAACACAAUAUGGAACCCAGAGAAAAAUCCCUAAAUGAAAUAAGACCCACAAGGUUCAAGCUUGAGUCAAUGGGCCUUCUGAACAACAGCAGUUGGAUGAAAAACAAUUUUGCAAUACUGGAUACAUUUGAAUCAGAUUCAGAUUCUGUUACUGGGUGCACCAGUUUUCGUGACUUGUCCUCUGUGGAAUGUGAAACAAAGAUUUGCGGGAGCUCUUUGUUUGAUUAUUAUGAACUUGCGGCACUUUUAAAGCAGCUUGAGCUUCUGUACUGGGGAGCUGCUAGUCCAGCUUAUGGAAAAGAAUUGCCCACGAGCACGAAAUCAUGGAUGGAUAAUGGCAUUUGUCCUGACCUCUGCAACAAGAAGCCAAACGCUAAAUUACCAAGGAAUUCUUCUCAGGUGUUGAUUCCUGGAUACUUUAGUGGUAGGGAAAGUUUAGGGUCUAAGAAGAAGCAUUCCCAUUGGAGGUUAUAUGACUUGGCUAGAAAGCUUCAAGCAUUUGGAAUUGGGGUUUCCUCAAGCCAUAUGUAGAAUUGAGCUCAAUUUGGUGUGGAUUUACAUUGACAAGAAGUUGUUCCAGCUCUUGUAUGGAAUCAGGCUUCAGCCUCCUUGAAGUCCUUGCCAUGUAUGCAGAUGUGAGACUACUGAACAUCUGUAUUUGCAGGGAUAGCUGACCCUUUUUGCUAUUUAAGCUAAUGGCAGAGGCCUGGAUCAUGAAGAUGGCAUGUGUAUCCUCCGCUGGAGAGUUGCUUUACUACAGGGCUUUGAACUAGGGGUCUUCCUCAUAAGUGUAGGUUAGUGUUUGAUUUAUAAGCCUUGCCCCCUCAAACUUGGGUUAAGGAGGCACCUGCACUGGUUGUUCAUGGUUUCCACUUGAACUGCACCCCUGAUAGUACAAUCCAAUUGAUGGGUUCUCUUGGACUGCAAUCUAAUAUGGUAUGAAUACAUGCCGCCUUCAUUGUUGUUCUAAAUGAAGUUGUAUUGUGAACUCUUUUUGCAAUUCAAACAGUUGAAUACAUGAUUUAGGUAA